AUGAACUCGCCACCCUCAUCGAAGGCGCCGGGCGCCGACUCGCCUCGCUCUUUCCGCGCAGGGAGUGAGGCGGGGACGGCGCGUAAACCGCUGCGCCUGCGCUCGCCGCCACCAACCGCGUCACGCCCGCCGCCGGCUGUCAUUUCUGCGUCCGCCUCCCUGUCGCCGCCACUCCCACUGCAUCGCUCAAGUAGCCUCGCCAACCGUCCAGCGCUACCAGGAGCUCGUCGGCUGAUGGAUUACUCACUACCGCCGCCGGACGCGGCGCACGGCAUCGCAGAGCUCGUCGCGCCACACGAGCUGCAGCUGUACAACACAGAGGUGCGCUCAUGUGGCCACCCGCAGCGACUCUACGUCAAGGUUCCAGUGAGCCCCAGCAGCAGCAUGGUAACUGAAAGGGACAAGCAAGGCAGAGGUGCACCGGUCCCCUGUACCGAGGGCACAGAGGCAGCGACCCCACGGCAUCACCCGGCAAGCAGCGUAGCGCAUGCCCUUUCGCCUCCCCUCGCCCCCGUCAGCAGCAGCAGCACCGCCGCCGACGCCACACCGCCGGCGAGGGACACUGCAUGCCGAGCUCCGCCACCGCCUUUAGCGUCCCCUGCGGUGUCGGUGUCGCCCUACGCAGCGGAGAGUGCACGGGCAUCGGUGGGGUCAGAGCCGCUACAGCUGGUAGUGACGGACGGGGUGCGUACCCCGGCCUCCUCAGCGUCCACCUCCCUCACGCCUGCGGCAACGGCGGAAACGAGCGCCAUGAAGCGUCACCAUGAAGACGAUGACGACAUGCGCGACCCCUACCAGACUCAGCUGCAGCAGCAGCAAGGCCGCGAAGGUAGAGAAAUCGGACCGCAGCCCUCGCCUCCUUUGGUGGAGCUGCACCAGCUGGCGAUGGGCGCCUCAACUUUCAUUCCAACGACCCUGUCGGCCCUCUCCUCCUCGCGUCACCGCUCCGUCUCGGGAAACACGGAGGAGCGCGCCAUCAUCGUGGUCGUGCCAGCCGAUGACGCCACCCAUAGCGUCCCCAUGCCAGCUGCGCCUGCCAGUGGUGAUGAGAAGAAGCUGCUCGUGCAGCUGACGGAGGACACUACACACCGCGGCACGAGCACCCACACGAGCCCUGCCGAGGUCCACCAACUGCAAGAGGGGGUCUCCUUGGCAGUGAUGCCAUCCUGGGCGAGCCACGAAGCUGCAGCAGUGGCCGAAGAGGAAGCGAUGCUGCCCGUGCACCUCUUCACAACGACAGUAAGGGAAGAGGUCUCGGCAUCGUCGACGCGGUCUGUCUCGCAUGUGCAGUCGUCGACGGAGAGGAGCGGCAUCCACUUCUCGAGCGCCACCGCAGCCACACUACCGUCCGCGCGUGUCGAGCGUUGGGUGGAGACCGAACCGGCCGUACCUGCCCCGUGGCAGUUUGCAGAGCACGCAGCCUACACCACCCCGCACUCGCAGCCCGGCCCGACAAGAGGCUCCUAUCCCUCCUCUGCAUCAGCAGCACCAGCAUCGACUGCGCCCUGUAGCACCGGCCGCGAGGAGCUCGUAGGUGCACACUUGAAUGACGAGGCCGGCGGCAGCGGCAACGGUGACAACCGCGAAGGCUCCAGCGACGUGCGCAGCCUGUCGGGGAGCGAGGCUGAGGCGUGGCUGUUGGACGCUUCAGGCCAGCCAUCGGCGACGGCAGAGGCGGAGCAGCAAGCGCAACUUUACGUGCUGCAGCCUACCGGAGCAGAGACAUCGGAGGUGCCUCUGUCGUCGGUGGGCAGCGAUGAGGAUCACCCGGCGGUUGUGCCGGUGGAUGCAAGUCGAUCGCCUGUCGCCCCCUCCCUCCCACCUGAGCCGUCGGCAGUGCAACACCGCGACAAUGUCAACGACGCGACGGCAACAGCAGCAGUGGCGGAACUGGUGCAGCAGCAGCAACAACAGCAUGCAAGGCGUGAGGACAUCGUCGUAGCCGACACGCGCAUUACCGCCCGCGACGGAAUCGACGAGGUUGUCGAAGGCAGUUGGGAGGAUGGAGUCGGGCACAUUGCGACGGUGCUCGCCGCGUCGCCAGCCGUGGUGACAGCGGACGCUCGCGCAGCAUCCUCGCUGACCUCGUUAUCGUCGUCCUCCCGUCCGAGCGUCCGCAUGGACAAGGGAACAGCCGAGCGCGCUGUCACCGCCGCUGCCGCCGCGCACUUCCCUGUGGAGAUGCUGGGGAACGAGGCGGAGAAGGCUCCCUUGGCCCUGGCUGCCCCGGAGUCUCCGGCUGCCCGCGGCGGCCGUGCAGGCGACGACGACGUAGAUGCUGCGAUGCCGCGCACAGGCGCGUCAGAAGACGUCGUUGCUGCCGCCGCUGCGGAUGUUGUGGCGAACGCGACGCGCACACGGCAGCCGAUAGACGAAGGUGAGGACUUCUCUGCGGCGAACGACCUCGAAAAUGCACCGCAGAACCAGCUGGUCGAUGCAGCCACUGAUGGUGAAGAGGUAGUCGUGGAGGAUGUGCGGGAGAAGCCGCACCGAGCGCUAGUCUCGCGCGCAGCGGGCGGGACGGUGCCUGCGACAUGUGUGGUGGCUCGCUCCUCCCCAUCAGAUCGCGUGCUUGUGUCACCACCGACGCAGCGCACAGUCCCUCCUGCAGUGCCGGCAGCGGUGAUCGACGGUGGCUACGGUGCCCAUGCUGCGCUGCGAGCGCGUGACGCACCGCCCUCGGCCGCUCACACAACCAGCAUGUGGCGCUGGCCCCCGCAGCCCUCUCUCUGUGACCGUAUCCAGUGCGACCACCAUCACCACCUGAGCGGCGGUGAGCAGGAGCAGUCGCGGUCAGUGGCUUCCCUCUUCCAACGCCACCCUGUCGCGCGUGACUUGUUGGCGGAUGUAGACGUCAUGAACGACGAGGAGGACAACGCAUGGGAGAAGUGCAGUGCAGAGCAGCCACGCAUCCCAGUCCGGUUCGAGGGCAGAGACAAUCCACUUGUGCCGCAGCAUGCAUCGUCGUCAGCAGCAGCGCCUCCGCCAAGUCCGCCCGCAGCGGACGUCGUUGAAGCGCUCGUGCUUGCGCACCGCCGCCUUAUCGCGGACGCGCCUCUCCACGAGCUCAUGGAGCUCGAGCGGGAGGGCCGGAGGACGGUCAUGCUCGAUAUGCUGCAAGACAGAGAGGCGGUACUGCAGGAGAAGGCCUUUGAUUUCAGCAUGCUCUCGCUGUUGCCGGCCCGCCCGUGGGCAGUCGCGGCGGCGGCUGCAACGGGUAGCCGGACAGGCACCGGUACUGAAACCAGCAGCAGCGUCGCCAGUGACGGGGCGGCGGCGCCGCGGCGGGCCUGGGUGCCUCCACUGCCGCCGUCGCCCCUCACCCCGGCCGCCUCCCCCUUCACGUCGAGGUCCGCAGCGGCCUCGGUGCUUGCGACAGUCACGGCGCCGCCACCGACGAGUCGCGAGGAGGUGGAGCGACUUCUACGCAUGCGUGGACUAUCCGGCAGCUUGUCGCUCGGCAUCGUCAGCGCAGCGCUGUUUGCUGACGAGCUGCUACGACGCGAAGUUAUCGAGGGUGCAGAGGCCAGUGCACGCACGAUUUUCCUGCGGUUGUGCCGGUGUGGCGCAGAUGCACUGAAUCCGUACAGCGUCGUGGUGCAAGAAACGCUGGCGCGCCAGCGGCUGAUGGCGACGGAGCGGCUCGAAGGUCAGCAGGUGCGGUCGCUGGAGAACUCGCCUGCAGCCGACACGUUGGAGCUGCUGAGCAUUGGCCGCGAGCUGGCGCUGUGUCGCAUGGCGGAAGACAGCAAACGGCGCGAGGUGAUCGAGAAGGCGGAGCAGCUGGGGCGGCAGCGGCUGCGAGAGCUGCACGUGCGUGGCCUGGCAGCGCGACUGCGCCAGCGCGAGCUGCUGCAGGCCUCCAUGGACGUGGCGCUACGCGAUGCCAUCGAUGACGUCGUGUUCGAUGAGACGCAGGCACGCGAGGAGCUUCGGGUAGAGGCGAUCCGCGCGAUGACGGUGUUGCUAGAGUCGGCGAGUGGCACAGUCGUGCGAGAUGCUGCGCGCCAGCGUCAACGUCAGCUGCAACAGCAGCGGGACGACGCGACACCGCAGCGCUCGCACGAGAAGGUGCGUCUUUCGGCGGCGGGCGUCAAGAACGGCAGCAGUGCAGCGCCGGGCCACGAGGGUGCAAGGCCCGCGGCGGCUUCGGAAAUCAGCGCGCCGGCAGGAGAGGACGUCGAAGACGGCAGCGACUGGGAGCUCGUGGAGGAGGUGGACGACCUUAGCGUUGGCGAUGAUGUUAUGGUUUUCGACGCAGCAGAGAAGCCAAUGACGUCGGCGACGGCGAAUACUUUUCCGGCUCUGGCGGCAGACGGCACACCAGACUUCUUUGAGUGGAACCCAACUUCGAACUCCGCCUCCUCUCUCUCGACGCAGCCAAAAGCACGCAAGUGUCGUCCGUCCUCAUCGCAGCAGCAGCCCCCGCAACAGCAGCACACGUCGACCUCUUCGCCUUCGCCGCACGUAACCAGCAUGACGGCGCUGACGGUUAACACCACAGCGGAUACGACAAGUGCCAUCAGCACCACAACAGCGAGCAGCGGGCAGGCGGUCGGCGGUGACAGCGGUGGUAGCGCUCCACAGGUGAAGCAGCAGGGCGUUGCCACCAACGAGAGCGGCAACACGACAUCUGAUGGCCGCAGGUCGCCGACGACGGUGCUGCCGUCGGAAGAGGAGCAGCAGCUCGUGCAGGGGCGCGAGCGUGUCAAUCUGGCUGAGGUGAGCGUGCUGCUGCACGCGCUGCGCUGCGCUGAGGCGGCGGCGCGGGAUAGGCACAAGGCUUCGCGCCAGACUGAGGUUACCGUCGAGAAAGGCAGCGCAGCACCAGCGUGGCCACAAGACCAGGACAACUCGGCCGCGGUGUCGGCUGGGAACCUUGACGGUGAUGCGGCACAGAGCAGCAACACACUCUCGAGGCCUCCCCUAAGCCAGCAGCAGUAUCAGGUGAUCAGCGUUGGCGAUGUGGUCGAUGCGCCACACCAGCCACGUGCAACGUCGCACUCGCGUCACGCCUCAACCACUCGCGGUCCAUCCUUCAUCAACCGCCACACGAUCCCCUGCUCCCUUGCCGACUCCCCUCGCUGCGGCUACGCUGCGCUGAUGCGCAAAUACACCCCGCAGCGUGAGUCUCAAUCGUCCUCGCCACUGCUCGCAGCUACCGCCGUCUCUGCCUCAUCGCCGUCGACGUCCUCGUCGAGUUCGUCCCGGCCGUACGCGGACGGCGAUGUAUACGCGUACGACCCGCAGCGGACGCGGCACAGUCGGCCAGCACGCCGGGCCGCGUUCGAGACAAAUCCCGAUCGCCGAGCGCCAUGGGAGCACUCCUGCGAAGGCAUCAGCGGCGAGGAGGCGCCUGUUGGUUUGUGCAAUGACAGCGGUACUGGCGCACCUGCGUCCGUCUACGAGCCAACGCUGCAGACGUCAGCGCGCGAAGUGUCUCCGGCCCAACGCCGCCGCGCACUCUCAACCUUAGAGCCAUCACACGUGCCCUCAGCAUCCACGGUGCCACUCGUGCUCGAGGUGAUCGCGGAGAUGCGCUCGACGCGGUCGUCGCCGGCGGCAGAUGUCACCGUGUCGCCCAUGAGCUCUGGCGCGCGCCUCAGUCAAAGUCCAACUCGUGCGCGCCCGCCGCAGGCGUACGCAGCCCCGACAGCUGCGUGGGCCAAGUACGUGCAGGAACAGCAGCUGGUGCAGUGCGUCAGAGACAGGGGCGCCGCCACCGUCGAUGGUGGCGGUCAGCGCGCCCUGCAUACAUCAUCUGCGACCCCGAUCAAGAACGGCGGCGCCGCCACCCACGUGAACCUGGAUCAGAGCGGCUGCUCUCGGCGUCGCUGGGGACAUGCGGCGGACCAUACAGUGCAGCACGUCAGCGCACCGCAAGCGCCGCUCCUCAUCACGCGACUACCACUGGAGUGUGGCCCCGGCGUGUGGACGUCAUCGCCGCGUUACGCGCAUGGCGGCGUGCACGUGGUUGCCACCACAACGCCGCCGCGCACGCGUCCUGCGCCGGCAACGCUAGCCGACGCCUUCUCCCAGGCGGCUCGAACGGGCGACGUGGUGCACUUGCCAGCAACUGUGGCGGAGCUGCUGCGGGCGCCGCAGCACACGCACCUCCCCUGUCCUGCCCCCGCCGCUUCCGCGGGGCCGAUGAAGGGGCCGUCGUGUCAGCUGGCCGAGGAUCGUCACGCGCCGCGCCAGCACCUCACCCCGUAUAACUACGUGGACGUCUUUUACAAGUACAGAGAUCGGUCACCCCGUGGCAGCGCUCCAGCAGUGCCCUCCUCGGCCGACGCGUUGGUGCAGCUGCCCUCGACACCGAGCGCCGCCUUCAUCUCCGCGCGCUGCACCGCCGUGCGUGAUCGCGAAAUGCAGCACGACCUACGGCAGCUACGGCAAGCACCGUCACCGUCGCACGCGCGUCGAGCGCCGCCGUCGCCCCCAGCCCGUGCAGGUCGCGGUGGCAGCAGCACACGCGUCGCAUCAUCGCGAAGGGGGUCGAGCACCAGCUCUGGCUCCGCCCUCAUCGCAACUGCGGCGGCAACGUGGGGCGAGGACGAGGUGCUGACAGACGCAUCGGCAGAGUCCGAAGAUUGCUACUUCGACGACGACGACGCCUUCGCGCUGCGGACGGCGGCAGCAGUGAGUCGCGCCGGGCGUCAUCGCGCGGUGGCACAACGCCGCCAACAGCAACAGCAACCGUCCCAUGGCGCGCUACGGGCCCCUGCCUGGUCUCCUGCAUCCCCGUCAGUCCCCCCACCACGUCAGCAGCGUCGUCAGAGUGCGUCGGAUGCAGCUAGCGGGCAUCACGGCGGCGAUGGAGGCCGUGUGCGCCCAGCCGGCUACCGGGUGCCUCCUGCGCCCUCCCCCUGCUCUCGCGUUUCGUCUCGCACGCCGCCGUCGUUGUCGUCACCAGCGUCACCAUCGACGGCUGUUGUGCCCUCCGUCGUCGCCUCCAGCUGGCGCAACACCCCAGCUCCGCCAGUGCCAGCGAGCCUGUGGUGCCCAUCCAGACACGGCAUGCUUCACAGCGGGCGGAGUAGUGGUGGUGGCAACACUACCCGCAGCAGCGGUGACCACAUCACCCGGCAAGAUCGGCGCGCGCCUUCCAGCGCUGCCGCACCGGCGCGUGUCGUCAGCAUUGCCUGA